GUAACAUUUCCAAGGAUGUACGGCGUCCCUGAAGGCAGCAGCCGUCACACAGAUGGCGGACGGUGUAAACAGAGGCAGCAGCGUCGCCGGGGCCGAAGUGAAAGCUCCGCGUUCAACAUGGACAGCGUAGAGUUCGAGCGGCUGGACAGCCUGGAGGGCUGGGUGGCCGUCAAAAGCAACAUAUUCGAGGAGCACGAGCCCUUCAAGCUGGGCUUCAUCGUUCAGUGGAACGUCAUCGAGUCGAAGUUCGCAGUGACGUGCCACAACCGGACGCUGCAGCGGCAGAGACGCAAGGCGGAGGUGGCCCCCGACGGCGGCGGCGGCAGCAGCGGCGACCCCCAGAUGAGCUGGGCAGGACUCUUCUCCGUGGACGACCUGAGACACGUCCACCAGCAGCUCGCGUGCGUGGCGGACGUCCUGGGGGGAUGCUUCCCGGACCUGUCCGACUUCGAGGAGAGCAACAUUUGGGAUGUGCUGCUGCUGAACCGGAAGUCGGGUCCAGAGGGCGACGAGCAGCGGGACUUUGACGCGCCGUGCCGGGGGCUGGAGAAAUACUUCAGCGCGGCCAUCGACCUCUGCGGCCGGAAGAUCGUCCUGGAGACGCUGUUCGCCCAGGACGAGAGGGACGUCGACGAGUACUUCGAGAACCUGCAGGAGUUCAGAAAGAAGACCAUGCAGGAGGAGAUGUCCAGGGCCAAGGGUCACCUGAAGGAGUGGCUGCAGAGUCACAGCACUACUAACGGGAUGGUGGCACUGCUGGGCAUCUAUGAGCAGGAAGACGAGGCCUAUCAGGACCUGGUCACUGUUGCCACCACCUUCUUCCAGUACCUGCUGCAGCCUUUCAGGGACAUGAGAGAACUGGCCUGCCUUUACAAGAUGGAGAUUCUGAAGACUUUGGAGUUUGAGGACUUGGGUCCCAAGAGAAUUGCAGCCCUGGAGGCGGAGGCGGAGGAGUGGAGAGUGAAGGCGGAGGAUGCUGUCGCCUCCAUCCAGGACAUCACUGUCACCUAUUUUGCACAGACUUCAAAGGCCCUGGCUGGCAUGGUGAAACAAAUGGAGGAGGACAAGAAGCGCUUUGGACCGGCCGCCUGGGCGUCUGCAGCUCCCCGACUGGAGAAGCUGCGCUUCCUUUUAGCUAAAGAAACCCUGCAGCACAUGCGAGCCGCAGAGAUGUGCCUCAGCCGCAAGAAAGAUACCAUCAAAGAGAGGCUGGAGAGCUUGUCGGGAGGAGUCCAGAGCCGGCAAACGGAUCGGGGCUCUGCGUUUGAAGACGGUCUGAAACACGACACGGUGGACCAGCUUGAACUGCAGUUCUAUGAAACCCAGCUAGAACUGUACGACGCCAAGUUUGAGAUCCUGAAGAAUGAGGAGCAGCUGCUGGUGGCUCAGAUAGACACCCUGCGCCGACAGAUUAAAGAGCUGAAGGAGGAGGUGGUGUACUAUGAUGUGUGUGAGGACCCAGAGGAGCUGCAUAGCAUGGUCCACACAGCGUUUCAACAGGCAGAGCCUCCGCUAAUCCGUCAGCUCAAAAGACGCCUGCAGACCCUGGAGACCAAGAGGGGCAACAUCUGCGCUCGCAGGGCUUAUCUGCGCAACAAAAAGGAUCAGUGCACGGAGGCCCAGGAGCAGAAGCAGACGGCAGCCAAGCAGAGCUCCUCGCUCUUCAACCAGCAUCACCAGGUCCACCUGAAACGGGAGAAGAGGAAAGAGGAGGAGCAGAGGAGGAAGCAGUGGGUGGAUCAGGAGCGAGAGAAGACCCUGAGCAGAUUACGAUCCUUUAGAGAGAAGCGACAGGGCCAGUACAUCCUGAAGACUCCUCAGUCCAGGAGGUCUCCCUCUGAAGUCUCCUGUCCCUCCCAGCCCAUGUCCAUCAUCAGCCUUUCGCCUUCAGCCUCUCCUGACGAGCCGUCGUCCAUCCGCCCGGCACCCAGACGCAGUAAAACCCCCAAAAAGCAGCAGCCUAAAGAGAUCCCUGUUCAGAUCUUCUCUGCGCCGCCGCCGCCAACAUUCACCUGCCCCACUGCACCGCCUCCUCCUCCUCCUCCUCCUCCACCACCCCCACUUCCACCGCCGCCUCCUGCCGUGCCACCUCCGUCUGUCCGGGCUUCAUCUUCCCCCAAGGACACACCGAUGCCUCUCAGCGAGAAAGAGGAGCCUCCUUUUCCAGCCAAGAACAUGCUCAAACAAAAUAUAGGAACGAUGGACGAAGUGUUGGCCUCACUGCAGCGCGGGCAGGUUACGCUCCGUAAAGUCCCCGCUGCUCGGACCGGCACAGGGGAGAACCCGAGGAGCAAUCUGAUGUCCGCCAUCCGGCAGGGAGUCACGUUGAAGAAGGUGGUUCCCACGCGAGAGGAAGUCCCGAACAGCGCAGACAACGAGUUAGAGCGCAGCAUCAAGGCCGCCAUGAUGAGGAUGAAGAAGGUGGCGGCCGAUUCGGACGACGAGGACGGAGGUGACGAUGACUCCCAGAACGCAGAGUGGGACAGCUGAGAACACGAGGCUGGAGAUGAAGCUGUGCCUGACGUGACCCACCACCCACCAACACCACCCCCCCCCCCCCCCCCCGCUCUUUUUCUUCAAUCCGAAGCUUGCGCUGUAGCCAGAUUUAACCAAAAACGCUGCUUCUCCUGACAAGGCCGGGGAUUACGCCUCCUCUGACUGAGACGCUUUAGUUUGUUGGAGCUGUCACACACUAAUCCCAUCGGUCCUCCUAAAGUAGCACUAAGAUGUAAGCGAUCCAAAACAGCUCCGAUUCCAACUAAGUAGUAAGCGACCGCAUCAGGAUUAAAUCUCUGAAACCUUUUGUGGUGGGGAGAUUUCUCAAAGCCAGUGGCCAAAGGGGAUGCUGUCGUCGGCGGUUACCGCAGCGCAGCGUGUGAAGGAAACCUACGCAGCCGCCCGCCUGAAGGCCUUUUGUGGGACUGCCGCUCAGCAGGGGGAGAAACCCAGUCCCCUCUCAUUUCUGAAUCUUAACUCGUUAUCAUGAAUGUAGCAAAGAAUGCAUUUCCUCGGAGCGAACGCAGCGACUGCUCAGCAACAGAGCAGCUGCUGCUCGCCGUUUGCCGUCUACACACACACAGCCUUCAGAAGCUGCCGUCUCGUCCGAAACGGCUCAACUUAUAAGACUUUUGUCUAGAAAGAAAUCUGAUUGUUUCUUCGUGAUGCCAUAAAAAAAACACAGUUAGAAACGCAAUAUAUUUUUAAAAUAAAUACUUAUGAUCAAUGACGGAGCUUCUUCUCUUCCAGGUCUUGGUUUGAAAUGAUUUCCGACAAACAUUAGAGGGUUCAGAGUAAAUAAAAAUGUCUGUUAAAUGAGCUGGAAAUAGCUGCACUGGAAACACAUGCACUACUGUUUUAUUAAAAAUGAAACCAACAUGAAA